GAGAGAGAGAGAGAGAGAGAGAGAGAGAGAGAGAGAGAGAGAGAAAGAGAGAGAAGCAACGUGUGGAGUGUGAAGCCAAUAGAGGUCCGGCGCACAAUAGCAUAAUUUCGUCAUCUCGAUGACAUAACAAAAGAAAUUACGCGAGUCCCGGCGAAGAAGGAAUCACCGAAAUUCGAUACAUCCAGGUAAUCGGUUCGUCGUGGAGGUCGCCAGGUGAGAAUACGACGUAUACAUGUCGGAGGAACGUCGGGUGCAAGCCGGCGGCGGCGGCGGCGACGGCGACGACAACGACGACUCGGUAAAACGGGGUGAAGCCCGCGGUCGGUAGGGGGUAGAACCGCCCCCGACCAAUGGUGCGGAGCGGCAUGUUGCUCCGGCGACCAAUCGUCGGAUGGUGGCCGUGCCGUUUCUCGCUCAUCGCGGCGGUUUCGUCGCCGAAAUAAAAGAGGAGGACGAACACAGGAGAUCGGAAGGUGGGAGAAGGAGAGAAGGAGAAGAGAGAGAGAGAGAGAGAGAGAGAGAGAGAGAGAGAGAGAGAGAGAGAGAGAGAGAGGACGACAUCGACAUCGUCAUCGUCAGCACUGCCACCGUGCACCACCACAACCGUCGUCGUCGGUGGCCCGCGCGACAAUUCAACAACGGGAGCCAGCGGGACGACGGGACUGUCGCACCACGGACGAAUCACCGCGAUCACCUUACUAACUUGGUGACUUGGUCACUCAGUGAGUGCCGCGGUCAGAGGUAUUUUCAUCCGGGAGUAUCGGUUACGCAAUUUGUUCGUCGUCCGUCGUUCGCUUCGACACAAACUCUGCUCCGUUUGUAAAGAAAAAAAGAAGAAAAAAGAAAAAAGAAAAACGAGGGUUGUGGUUGCGGUACGAAAAACCCGGGAAACCCUCGCGCGAGAAAGUCUAGCAGUGCACUGUUGUCACGCGUCGGUGAUGUUCAUCGGGAAUCCCCUUCGUCUGUUCCCUUCCCUUCGGAUUUGGCAGCAGUUCCGCCGCGGGUGGUUGAUUGUCUAGUAGUGACUAGUCAAGCAAGGAACUCAGGUAGCCCAGUGAAGUUUUAGAGGAUUGGCACCUCUUUCUGAUGAAUGGACUGACUGAUUGGGUCUUUGGAGAGAACCGAGGAUCCUCCGUUAGAAGAUUAUUGUGUAUGCGAGAAGUAUCCCAUUAUAAUUACAUAAUUUAUUGCGGAACCAGUUACCGAGACUGACGAGUUCGGAUUCAGUUUCAAAAACGCCACCGGGACUCAAGUUUAAAGUUAUUUGCUUACAAUGCGGUAAUCAAACGCGAAUUUUGAAGCACAAAUAAAUAAUUAUACACGUAACGGGAAUUUUUUUAAUUGAUAGGGAAACAAUGAUGGUUGAUAUGAUUGCAUCGAGGUGUAGACGAAAAAUCAGGAUUUAUAUUAAAAAUUGAAUUAAAUAGUAUGGACUCCUAUAUAUCGUUGUAAUGACUAAAAAAUAAUUAAAUUCGAUAAAAAUAUUACGAAUUUGAGCUACUCUUCUGUGAUGAGGUAUAUGGACCGUCGGAGAUAUCGUGAGUGUACGGUGAUCGUUUGACAAACGCAUAAUUAUUGUUGUACUUACGAGAGAAAUAGACUUUUUUUUAUUAAAAAUUUGUGAAAACGUUUUUGAACAUUCGGCUUGAAGAAAAUGUCGCGGCUAUGUUGGCGUAAAUCUCGAUGAAUGGGAAUGGAGUCAGACAUCGACAUGAAUGAAACGCGCGUGAUUAAACAACCGUCGCGUCGACUUGUACGUUCGAAUAACGGAUGCUUACCUUCGUCAUCAGUUAUUCAUCCGGUCGAGCUGUAAGACAUAUCGUCAGCCGAUGUUGUCUAAUGAUAAAAGGAAAGUAAGUAAGUUUCUCAAAGAAGAAUGCUGCCUAUAACUUCCAAACUGAAGAUUUUACGGUAAAAGUCCUACCCGCGGUAAGGAAAAAUCCAGAGGCAAGAAUAUAUGAACAAUAGGCGCACAAAAGUCUUUGUUGAGAGAGAAAGAGAGAGAAGAUAAAGCAAAUGAUGAAAUAAAAUGUAUUACGUCCGAGUGAAUUCCAGGUGAAUUUUUCAAACUCGAUUGAUGUAGACGCGAUAAAUUGUGAGUCUACGUUACAUUUUGUGUGUGAGGCUUGUACCCGCGUUUAUAGUUUAGUUUGUAAUUUUAAUAUUAAGUGACUGAACUAACUUCGAUAAGAAAUCGCGGAGGGAGUUUCGGGAUCGGCGAAUGAGCACAGAAUUGUGUCUCCUGUCCGACACCUCGGUUCAUGAGAGGCACGCAGUCAGCAGCCAAGGAUGUCGGAUAGCUCGGAUCAGCUGUCAUCACCGAACAGCGAUUGCAAUAGCCAAAUGGGCGUCGUGCAUCGCAACGCAGCCGCAACCGCGCAGUACAGCAGCACGUCGUCGAUGUCCAAUCUUGGGCUGACUCACCAUUCGCAAAAUCUAACGCCGACGUCGAAUAGCAGUCCCCAGUAUUCGCAGGAGCUCUCCACCUGCAACCCCGCCAGCGUAAACACCAAUAUCGGCAACCUCAGCGGCCUCUCCUCACUCAGCAGCAGCAAUGACUUCACGCCCGAGCAGAUAAACUGCAUGUGCGAAGCGUUGUCGCAAAGCCAAGACAUUGACAACCUGUCAAGAUUUCUUUGGUCCCUACCACCUGGAGAACUGUUACGCGGUGGCGAGAGCGUGCUAAUGGCGCGUGCCGCCGUUGCCUUCCAUCGCGGGGCUUAUCACGAGCUUUACUCGAUCUUGGAGAGCCAUCCCUUCUCGCCGCGUCGACACCCCGAACUCCAGCAGAUGUGGUUCAAGUCGCAUUACCGUGAAGCUGAGAAGAUCCGCGGCCGACCACUGGGCGCCGUGGACAAGUAUCGGCUGCGCAAGAAGUAUCCGCUGCCGAAGACCAUUUGGGACGGCGAAGAGACCGUGUACUGCUUCAAGGAACGGUCGAGGAAUGCCUUAAAGGAGUGCUACAUGAGGAACCGAUAUCCCACGCCGGACGAGAAGAAAAAUCUCGCGAAGAAAACCGGCCUGACACUAACACAGGUGUCCAAUUGGUUCAAGAAUCGGCGACAGCGGGAUCGUACGCCGCAAACGAGAACUGAUAUGCUACCACUUAAUUGUCAAGGCACGACCAAUAGCACAAUUAGCAGCUCAGUGAGCAACGGCGGUAGCAUUCAAUCUUUGCAGAGCAUUGAUUCCGAUAGUCCGAAUCUCGCAAUGUCACCAUUAUCGACAAUGGGCAUGUCACCGGUCACAAUGAAUCCAUGUAGUCCCAUGGGCAUGAGUCCUAUGGGCCCUCAUCAUGGCUAUGCCACUUCUGUUACUCCAUCGUCCGUUCAUACAGCACAUCCCCAUAAUGGUGGACUAAGCCCCAUGAAUGACGUUAAGACUCUGUGUUACGGGCGCAGUGUGUAUGACACAGGUAAAGACGUGGAGCAGAGCUCGGUUUAUUACUCCAGCCAUUCCAGUAUGCAUCACCAGUAUUAUCAGCAGACCCAUCAUCAGAUGAUGUCUAGUUCCCAUCAUCAUCACCAUCAUCAGCAAAGCGUGCCAGCCGGUUACGAGAUUAUGCUACCGCCACCUUCCAUGUGACUAACAGAUUAUGACGAUGACCGAAGUAACCAAAGUCUUCAUGGUCAGAGCGAUGACAUGGUGGCGCGUAUACACGCCUUCGCCUGAUCUCUCCGCUUCUUCUUUCAUCUUGAUUCAAAUCGCACGCAAUAAAGAAUAGCAUAUUCAUGUGGCUGCUAGUAAAACAGUUGUUUAUGAAGCAAGACGAUACAAUAUCGUUUCUGAUUUCUUGUUCUAAAAAUACUUAAAUAGGUAUCGAAUGUUUUUUUAUACGCGUUGUCAUGCGAAUACGAUACAUUUUGAUGUGACGUUUAAACAAAUAUAAGAUUUCUUAAUUCUACAACUCAAAGAGUUUAAGAGACGCUGAUAACAAAUUUUUAAAAAGUAAAAAGACGCCGAAUUUUUCUGUAAUCUUUUCAAAUAAUUUAUAUCUGUCGAAGCAAUGAAACAAAAUGAAAAGAGAUAGAUAAUUUAUAUCAAACAUAUAUCAUAUGAUCUGAAAUUUUAAUUAAUUAUUUUUUUAUUAAUUAAUAUCAAUUAAUCAUAUUUUUAUAAUAUUAAUAUUGUUAUUAAUAUUAAUAACACUAUUAAUAUAUAACUAUUAUAAUAUCAUUGUAAGAUCACAGUUGUGAAAUGAAAUAUUAAUCGAUGUUUAUAUUAAACUGUUCGUUUUCCACUUUUAAUAUCAGUCUAAAUAUAUCUUUUUCAAUGAAAAUUAUUGUGUAAUGACACAUGACAACCUCAUGUCACGCGUGCAAAUUUCUAUAUUCUAUACAAUCGAAUGGUGUAUAGAAUGAACAAAUCAUGGAGCGAAGCCAUAGAACGGAUAAGUUUUAAUCAAUGACGAGAUAAGAAUAUAAAUGUAAAAAACUUGGGAAGAGCUAAAAAACUGGUUUUAUUUUGCGCACAUUAUUUUAAUGUGUAUAUAGUAGCUCUUCGUAUCGAAAUUUUUCUCACGUUAAUACCAUUAAGUAAAUAUUAUUUGUUUUAUUUACACGUUCAGUUAUUUUAUAGUCACAAAAAGUAAAAUUAAAUUUUGUACUUAACGAAAAUAAAACUAUUUUUUUAAUGCUCGCAAAUCUAAAGACUACAAAAGAUAUAAUUGUAAAAAUUUUAUUAAACUUUUUAGAAUUUACUUUCUUUUUGCGUUACUUGCGAAUCAAUUAGAUUUUUAAUAAAAAUAUAAUAAUUAAUUCAUUGUUGAAAUGUUUCUAAUUAUUCAAAAUUAUAAUUGUUUCAUAAAGUAUCUUGAUUCGCUUUAAUUUCCUAUUUCUUAUAUAAGGAAUGGGGCAUGCGAGUGAAAAGCAACCCGUAUUAAUAACUGUAAGAAAGAUGCUUAUUUUAUUAGAUGUACAAUAUUUUUUGACGUCAGUCAAAACGGCGUUUGUAGAUGUAUCAUGCUAUUGUAAAUUAUUGCGAUAAAGCCACAGAAUUUGUCUAUAAGAAGCUUCCGACAAAUUUUAAAUGGUAAAUCGUGAAAAGUGACAAAAAAGCAAUUAGCGUGUAGCGCAGCUGGGAAAAAUUAAGCUGCCUACUUUUCCUUUUCCAUAAUACUGUAUAUAAAUAUUAUAUGGAUUAUGUAUGUAAUGUAUAUAUUGCUAAAAAAUGACAAUGUAUUAUGGAUUACUGGUUUUUAAUAAAUAGACCUGCGUUCAGUAUACAUGUAUACGUACACAAAACACGCAGAUGUAACAUAUACACAUAA